CGGCACAGGAACAACUGCAUCCUCGUCAAUCGCGCUUUUCCUAGUACUACCCGAUCAUGAUGGACACCCACGAACCGGACAACAAUCAGGAGUCUCAAGUCAGGGACGAACGAAGGAGAGGUCUGUCUGUGCACAUUAGCCACGUUGACCGCAGCCCCAUCCAACAGACACAAUACGUGAUCCGCGUCACCGACUUGCACGCUGACUCGUACGAGCGAACUGUGCGACGCCCAUACUCCGAGUUCCGCCGCUUUCGAUUCCACAUCCUGGACAUCCUCGGGCGGUGUAGCAGUGACAAGUUGUCCCGAUCCGUCGCCAAGGAGAUUGAUGCUCUAUCGUUUCCACCGAAACGAUUCUUUGGCUCCAGAUCCGAGUCUGUCGUGCGAACUCGUGCCGACGCUCUCAACAAGUGGAUCACAAGUGUCCUAGCAAUCACGACGGAAUACCGCAAAACCCAGAAGAACCUUGCGAUGGGAGACGCUACCGUGUCCACCCAAGGCAGCGCUAUCCUCCUCGACGCACUAAAGACGUUUUUGACUUCCCGUGUCGAGGAAAUACACCUGCUCCAUCCCAUCCCACUCGAAAAGACGCAAUCGGUGCCCAUGCCACUCGCCGUAGAUAUGAAAGGCCGCGCGGCGCCUCAACGACACGUCUCGUCCAGCAAUUACGACCAACACGAACGAUCGGACAACCAGGAGCCCACCUUGCAGCAUGCUACGGCUGCCCCACAAGUGGCGCCCCCCUCGUGGACCGCUAAUGACAUCAACAACAUCGCGACGUCCAUCAUCAAGUCGACCAGUAAGUCGAUCCUCAAGUCCAACGAUCGCUGUGGAGCAUCGUCCGGAAAUGGCAUCCGGAAAGUCAAGACGCGUUUCUCGAUUGCAGAGCCGUCUGAAACGUUCUCUUCGUACAACCAGCCCUUCAGCAGCUCGAGUAGCACGAGCAACAGCUCUGAGGAAGCGAGCCAUACUUAUAGGUCUUCGUCAUCGUCGACAGCUCCUUCUUCCGCUGAAGGGUCCUUUGUCUCGACGCGCACCAAGACCACCACCUCACGAGCAAGUCUCGCUAACGGUUCUACUCGAACCAAGUCCAUGUCGACGUCCUAUCAACCGUGCCACUCGAUGCAUCAGAACCGUGGCUCCCUUGUCAAAGACGCACGAUUCUCCAUGGCCCAGCCCAAAGUUGUCAAACGCCUGCCAGCCGGCGACGAAGCGGAUAUAGUUGCAGCGGCAGAAGCGGAACUGCAAUCCAUGCACUUGACACCCGAUGUAGCUGCGAUGGUUCUACGUUACAUGGAUCGCUUCCUUGUCAAGGCCACUCAACGCCAACCCGGAUGCUACCGCAUCACUCCCGACAACUGGCUCGCCAUUGACGCCGAACGUCUCUACACAGAACUCGAAGACGCUCUGUUCGAUCCAUCGCUCAUGCACGCCAUGCUGUUCCGAGGGGGUGAGUGGCGCAUCCCACCUGCUCUGGAAGGCUACAUUCAGCACAAAUGGGCCGUCCAUCACAACAAAGCCAUGGACGAAAAAGCGGACGACUCGGAUGACGAUGAAUCCGACACCCAAGUCGAAGUUCACGCCAAGUCGACGCGCAAGACGCUUGCGCGCUUCUCUCGACAUGACAUUGAUGAAAUCGAGCAACUCAUGAGUGAAGGCACGGCGUCGAGGUCGCAAGUAAAACAACUACGCCGACAGCUGGACGAAGGCAACUGGGACCGUCAUGCCGCUGCCACCAGCAGUCGCCGCGCGAUUCCUGUCAUGGGCAGCGCCAGUGACGACGACGACAGUCUCGGCGAAGAAGACGACAUUGAUUUUGAAACGUAUGCACGACGUAAGAGUCAAAAGACUCGCGCGUCAACAUUUCACGACAGGGGCGGAUUAGUCUAGAACGGCCUGGUCUUUCAUUGUCGUGUCGUAGAUAUUUAAUGAAUCAAGUGGGGAGUCUGUCCUGUGAAUCUAGC